AUGAUAAAAGUUCUUUUACUAUUUGCAUGUUGUAUUGUUUACAGUCAAUGUGAUAAUUGUCGCGUAUGCAUCAUUGGUUCAACUUGUACAGAUGAUUAUAUUCAUUUUAAUAUUUCAAUAUCAAAUGAAUGUCAAAGUCCACUAGCUACCUAUUUUAGUUACAAUACUGAUGUCGAGUCAGAAAAACAUUAUUUAAAUGAAACAAUCAAUUGUCAAAAUUGCGAUGUUGAUCUUAGUAUUGAAACUAUUAAUGAUGCAUGGGAUUAUAUGUUAACACUUGAAUCACCUCAAUCAACAAAAUCAUGUUCUAUUCGUAAAGCUCGUUGUGGUGGAUAUACAUCACGAUAUAUAUGGAUUGGUACUGUUAGUCUUUCGGGUUUAUUCGUUGUGCUUGGUACUGUAUUAUGUAUUGUUCGAUAUUGUCGUACUCGAAAACCAACAAAUCAUACUAUACAGUAG